GGCCUGAUUACCUGCGUUGUUUUAUGUUUUAUCGUUCAGUUUGUAUCGAGUUCCCCUACGGUGAUGUGCUAGGAAGACGAGAAACACAGCGUAAACCAGGUUUUUGCCUACGAUCGCGGAACUGCUGGAGUUUUACGAGAAAGAAACAACCAUCCGCCAUCUCUCCGCUGAAUCAAAGGCUCAGGAAGGUGCAUACGUGCAGUGGACCGAGACGGAAGGAAGAAAGGAAGAAAUAGUUGCAACACCGCUGCCGUACCCCGCUUCCGUGCAACGUACGAACGAAUCUGGUCCGGAACGAGACUUAUUUUUCCUUGUCCAAGUUAUUUGGUUCGCCAGGCGGUAUGCACUUUUCCCCCCUGAAUAGAGUGCACGGUCAAUCGCAGCAGCAACAGCAGCAAUUCCGCGGGAGCAUUUGAGGGUGGGGUGGAAGAACUCCAACCGGCACAAGCAGAUCGAUCGGACGCGCAGCUAACGAGUAGGAGAGAGAUCGGUUAGGCGUGAGCGGACAGCGGACAGUUCUUCGGCAGUCUCCUGGAGCAGGAGAAGGAAGAAGAAAAACACCCGAGAGAGGGGGCAAGCUCGACAGGGAGCAUUGCAAGUGGCAGCUUGAAUCAGUGCCCUUCUUCUGUCACGCCGUUUGGCUGCCAACCGCCAGCAAUUCCAGCUGCACGCCGCAACAUCUGGACACCGGCUGCUUUGUGCCGUAGUAUCGACUGAACCGUAGGCAAAAACAUAACAGUGAAUAAUCAGAAGAGCGCUAGGAAAAAUUAUAGCAAGUGAUGGUAAUCAUAACAUAAAACCAACCAACGGCCGAAGCAAAAGAGUGAAAUUAUAAAUAAAAACAUGAAAAAGAAAGUGAAUUGAAUUUUAAUUUCAACCGCGAAGAAAAGCGAAAGGGUGAACCGAAGGAAAAUAAGUACGACGUUGAAGAAGAGGAAAAGGUUUAAAUAAUUCAAUAAAAGUGUGGAAAUAAAUAUCUGCUGCGAAAACAUGCUUUUCUUAAGUAUGGGCGUAUGAUAAUGAUAAAUAGUGAGACCCGUGCUAGUAGAAGAGCGAACCAAGGUAACGAUUAGUGCGGGGAGGAGAAGAAAAAGCAGAACGCACGGAAUAAGUUGCGGAACUGUGGGUGAAUGAUCCAUAGUGUUUACCAUUUCUAAUUUGUCCCUUCGGGACAAAAGCGUGCUAGUAUAAGUGAGAAAAAAAUACAUUGCUGAUUUGUUGUACACAACAUAGUCUUAUUGUGAACAAAUGUUCAACUGUAAUAAGGAUCUUGUUUUCAAUCUUUCAUCAGUUAAUAAAACUUAUUGAUGCGGUGUCUGGAAUCCAAGUUGACAAUUUUUUGAAAACUGUGGAAGCUCUCGGAAGCAGAACAACGCCAAACACGCUUCCCGUAUGAAGUAAGAUGUUAGGUCCCACCAAAUGGAGGCUCCUAACGAUAGUCGCCGGGAUAUUGCUUGCACACGCCAUUGAGUCUCCUCAUAGCAAGAGCAACAAGCUCAAGGGUCAAGUUCGCACCUUUACCAACCCAGAUCUAGGUCUACGGAUAGAGCAGAUUGAGCCCUGGGGAAGCCGGACGAUUACCUCCCGUAACUUGCUUGUUCCUCACGAUAGCUUCUCCAAUGUAGAUCAUGUGCGAUACAUAGACAGCCGCUCGACGAACAGUCGCUUGAUGCGGAAUACAUUUGGAGCAUUUCGCUUCGCUGGACCCAUUCAACCGCAUCAGGUUCCGUUGCCACAACAGCGGAAAUCCAAAUCCUUCCAAAAUCGUCGCUCUGAUGAUGAUUCAUACCAGCCUGGUGUACGAGUAGUACCGAUAGAUUCAAUUCCGCUGCAAAACCCACAACCAAUAGCACAACCAAUUUAUCAGGAACAACAACGCAUUCUCGAGCUUUCUAACAUCACAAGAGCUCGACAAUCCCGCUAUAAAUAUAUACCGCUCGGACAAUUCUACCAACCAAACCCGCACACUUCCAACUUAAAACCGAUCAAGAACACCUUCCCUCCCAAGACAACACAAAACGACGAACCACAUAAUGUCGUUUUCCCCGAGGAUGGGACACCGUUCGAUAUCAACACCAGUUUGGAAGCGAAUGACACGCAAACGGACGCGUUCACAAGAAGUGCUCGACGGUCAGGAAUUCAGUUCCCGACAGGACCAUACAAAGUAGCAAAUCCCUUCUUACCGCAAGGAUACAACGAAGAACAUUUCGCAGUGACCGAUAACCUGGGGGAAUAUCAACGUCCGGUCAGUACCGCUGAGGACUACGACGAUACCGAGCCGUACGAUACCCGACAGCAGCGUUCCCCAACGUCUGCUCCCGUACCCGAGUCGGAUCAUGUGGAAAUCUCCCGCAAUAUGUACGCCACCCGGUACUUUCGUGACUUCCCGCGUCCACAGCCAACCCCGCUAGAUCUGCGGCCAGCAGAGUCCCUUGCGCGGCCCAGUCGAUUGGUAGAGUUCCCCGGGGUAGUAAACGUGAAGCAGCCGUUUCGCGACGAGGUUACCAAGUUUGGAGACGUGAACGGACCGAUCACUGCGGUACAGCGGCCGUACAUCGAUUACGGCGAUGGCAAGCGCUACCGGGCGUACGAUCCGAACUACUACUUGGACAGUCCCUAUCAGCCGAACCGACACUACUUCCCAGCGAAGCUGUAUACCGAGCCGAACCAGAAAAUCUACCAGCCACCGUGGAAGUCCCGCACCCCGCGAGUUGUGUUCCCGCAGGGUGAUCUCAGCAGCCCGUCGGGGUUGGGCACCAUCGAUAACGUUGUUUUCAGGGAUCAAAACUUUGGCUUGAACGAGCUAGCCGCGAUCCAGGAUGUGCGGAACGAGUUCAACCAGGAUGACAUCAACGAAGACUCAACGACCACUAGCAAAGAUCGAGUUGGUACCCCACUCUCUAGACCCUCUAUAAUCCCAUAUAAAAACCAUUAUUCCAACCCACUUUCAAUACCGCAUACCACAGCGAGCUAUCCGCCAAACCGUGUCUAUCAUAACCCAGCAUCUAGAACUAAAGCAAAACUCUAUGCGAAUCAAACUCCAGUUGGUGGUGAAGGUGGUAACGGCGGCGGCGGCAGCACCGCUGCGAACGGUGGCCACAGAUCGGAACUGCAGUGCCAACACGAGGGCGGGACCUGCGAGUUUUUCCUGCUGUGCUGGAUGUCCGGUGGGCUGCUGCAGGGCACUUGCGGCGGACUGCUGAAGGGCUGCUGCCAUCGGACGGCCAAAUCGGCCAACAUCGCCAUCGAUCCCGGCAACACGAUUGAUCUAACAAAUCUUCCAAAUUCCGACUACGGUCCGAUACAGAACGAUCCCAGCUGCGGCAUCUCGCUAGCGAAGCAGACGGCUCAGCGACGGAUUGUCGGCGGUGACGAUGCCGGUUUCGGUUCGUUCCCCUGGCAAGCCUAUAUACGAAUAGGCUCAUCGAGAUGCGGGGGCUCGCUAAUAUCACGGCGCCACGUGGUCACGGCCGGGCACUGUGUUGCUCGGGCGACACCGCGCCAGGUGCACGUGACCCUCGGGGAUUACGUGAUCAACUCGGCCGUCGAACCACUGCCGGCGUACACGUUUGGGGUGCGCUCGAUCAACGUCCAUCCAUACUUCAAGUUCACCCCGCAGGCAGACCGUUUCGACGUGGCGGUUCUCACGCUGGAACGCGGCGUACACUUUAUGCCACACAUUGCACCCAUCUGUCUACCGGAGAAGAACGAAGAUUUUCUAGGCAAGUUCGGCUGGGCGGCUGGCUGGGGAGCCCUCAAUCCGGGAUCGAGGCUAAGACCAAAGACGCUGCAGGCGGUUGACGUUCCUGUGCUGGACAAUAGAGUCUGCGAGAGGUGGCAUCGCUCGAACGGAAUCAAUGUAGUCAUCUAUCCCGAGAUGUUAUGCGCCGGUUAUCGAGGUGGCGGCAAGGAUUCCUGCCAAGGUGACUCCGGUGGCCCACUGAUGCACGAGAAAAGUGGGCGAUGGUUUCUAAUAGGUAUCGUGUCAGCGGGAUACUCCUGUGCCUCACGGGGUCAACCCGGUAUUUAUCAUCGUGUCGCCAAUACCGUGGACUGGAUUUCACACAUCGUGCAAAUUGCGCCGUAGGGAACAACACGAUUGGAAACGCGCUAAGUCACACUUAUUUCACCGCCGAAGGUUCCCUGAUCCGACAGGACGGUUCUAUUUCCCGUUUCCCCCCGGUGUAUUACUAUUUAUAGAACGCUUUGAGGCAAGCUGGUAGAAGAAACAAUAUUUGGCAACUUGAGCGACAGCCGCAGAGUAAAAUAUUUAACUAUUUAUUUUUGUUCGGUGUAAAACGCAAGUAUGAUUGUUUUAAAGAGUCUGUCAUAUUUGAGCUUCCUUUUCUGUAAUUAUCAAAAUUAUGUGACAAUCCUAAAAAAAAACUGCACUUCAGUAAGUCCUAAGUGUCCUAAAAAACUGAUUGUGAUAUAUUUUCUGCCGAGAAGACACGUGGGUGGUGGUAUCCUGAAAUACAACACACAAGACACCUUAUUUUGAAAGCGAAUCAUUAUACAACAUGAUACAACAUAAAUCGCCCACCAUAUGGAAAUGAAACUGAGUGAGAUGACACACUAAUAACAUGUUUCUGUGAAACUGUUCCAUUAGUAGGAAGCUGUAAGUGAUUACACACAAAAAAAUAGAAGCAAACGAGAUAGGUGACCCCACCGCGGCACCUAGAAUGCAGUUUUCUCAAAAGCGAGAGUGCACAGGCCGUCGUUUGCAAAGAACGCAACGGGGAACUAGAAAUACCAACGAGAUGUUAUUGUUUUUUUUAUGUAAAUACAGAUUACUAUGUCUUCUCUAUCCUCCGAUAAGUUAGGUUUCUUAGGUGUCUCUAGUUUAAACUAAGAUGGACAAUGUAGAGGAAGAGCUAUAAGAAUUAGUAUAAUGGAGAAAACCGAUUGUUACCAUCAUGAACAUAUGUAUUUUGUAAUAAAGUAAAAAUGAGAAACAGAAAAAAAAUCAGUCUGACUA